AUGGACAGGAAGGACGAUGCGUACGCAGUGGAGAACGAGGGCGCGGGAUGGCGAGGAUCGCUGCAGGCCAGAUCCUGGCGUUGGCUGUGGGCUGGUGGGUUCAGCGUUGAGCCGGUACUUGUAGUAGCAGCAGUGGGGGGGGGUUUCUGUCUACUUUACCAGGCAGCUCUACCGCAGCUCACCUCGACUGGCCGUGCGGACGACAGUUAUAUAAAAGACAUCAGGCCCGAGAAAUCAGUUAGGGAGACUGGAAAAGGAGAGGCGAAAAAGGAGAGGUCGGAACAGCCCAAUAUUCGAGAAGAUAGACAAGGUCCCAUAUCAACCCCCAAGCUUUCACGCAAAAACGGCUCAAAUAAUCCGGCUAACUAA